UUUUAUUUUUAUUUCGUGUAGACUUUUGAUGCAGUCGAGUCGUCUCCGUGGAUACUUUCGGCAAGCUGAAAAACAAAAUUUUUCACUUUCUGUUCUGUGUCGCUGUGUGGUUUAGUUGGUUGUGUAAAUAUCGCCUGUAGAAAAUUCGAUUUCGCAUCUUGACUUGUGUCAAAAAGUUCCAUCAAAAUGCCCGCUGUAUCAUCACAAGCAAACACUUCCAAGGGUUCUCCCCGCUCGGGGCCGACCUACCUGCAAAUGAUCGUCUUUUCGAUGAUCGAGGCCCAAAAGGAGCUUCUCCCGCGUAAGGGAAUUUCGCUGCGGGCCUUGAAAACGAAAAUUGCCGAGAAGCACACUGUUCAGGAGAGUUCGCUCAACCGGAGCCUCCACCGAGCUCUGGACGAAAAGGUGCUAGUGUCCACCAAGGGGGUCGGUCUCGCUGGUUCGGUACGAUUCCACCCGGACUUCGCCAUGAAACUCAAAAAGUUGGGCGACGAACCAACCAAAAAGGCAAUUUUGGACACGCUGACGAAAUAUCUGCGGACAUCGCACGUCCAGUCGUCAUCUGAUGACAGCGACGACGAGAAGGCUUCUGACUCCAAGAAGAAGCAAAAACCGACGAAAAAGGAAUCCGUCAAACCGAAAUCCAAGAAGGGGGACGUGAAAUCGGCGGAUUCUAAGGCCAAAGCGAAGAAGGCAGCUGGUGAGCCGGCGCUGGUCACCGGCAAAGCGAGCAAGAAGCGGGCUGCCGAGAAGUCGGCCGAUGAGCCGAAAACCAAAAAGUCGAAGUAGGUUUUUUGGUUUGACACGUUCAGGCUGUUCGUGAAAACGAGCUCGAGCCUCGAGCGAAAUGUUACUUUCUGAUUAAUUUGUUAUUUUGGGAUGUUUCAUAUUUCUUUUUACGUUAAUAAAAUGAAUUCGAAUGACUGACCAAAUA